UACAAAAUUCAGACCUUUCUCCUCUUACAUCUGUCUUUCCCUGAUCGUUUAAACCCUAAGAAAAUCUCCAGCUCACUGCAAUGGAGGUCUGUAAGUGAUGCAAGAUCCUUCUCUCUCUCUCUCUCUCUCCGAUUCAAUUGGGGCCAAAUCAAUUUUGUGAUUGGUCUUGAAAAGUCAUGUAUGGUGGUAUUGGUUUAGGGUUUGGGAAAGCAGUUAUGUCAUGUGGGAGACACUUGCAUACAACAGUGUACCGUGAUGGUGCCACGGAAACACUGAAGAGAAGAGUAACGGAAUUGGAGAAAAUAAGGAGGUCAAAGAAGAAGUCUAAAAAAAAAGACGACAUUUUUGUCCAGGUUCCAGAAUCCUUGUCAUUUCUUGACACUGCAACUAUGCCCAUGAUUCUCACUGUUGUUGGAACUGCACUCUUUGCAAAGCUACUCAUGAUGUAUGAUGAUUCACACUCGCAAGAAAUGAUAGAGCGCAAAAUUAAGAAUGCCCCAGUUGGUCAAGGCACAGUUAGGAUGCUUACUCGCGAGGAAUGGGAGGAGUUCAGAGAAGUGAGGCCUAGGACUCCUUUUGAAUCCAAGCUUGCUCGUCCUAAUGCACGCAUAAGAACUGAAGAACCGGUGCGCACGGACGAUUUGAAGGACUGGACAAUAGAUGUGCUCACAGAUGCCCUCACUCGUGUGGAAGAAAGUGUUAAACGCAAUUCAUAGUGUCUCACAGCCAACAAUUACAUGAAACAUCCUCCUCCCUAUGUCUCGUCUCAAAUUGGGUUUAACCAUACUGUGACGAUUAUGAUGCCCAUUGUAUCUGAUUGUACUAACAUGCCUUUGCUCGAGGGCAAAGCACUGCAAAUAAAAUCGUAUGCUAUCCUUCCAUUAA